AUGUGGAGGUGGCAGCGCAGCUUCGUGGACGAGGCCGCCCGGGGCAGCUACACCCGGGAGAAGCAGAUCAUGUUCUGGCAGCUGCAGGACUCCCUCUUCUGGGUGGGCAGCUCCUUCUACACGCUCUUCUGUUGCAUGUUCAUUGCGCUUUUCAUUGCGAACCUCAGCGAGCUGGACCAAUGGAAAUGGUUGCUGACCUUUGCGAUCAUCGUCGUGCGCAUCGCCAUAGUGCAGCCGAUUGGCAUGGCGUUUCUCCUUGCUUCUGCUGUCCGCUACGUCAAGAGCCGAAGGCCCGAGCUGGUCAGGGAUGGGCACCCAAAGUUGCACUUCAAGCUGCCCAAGCAGGCCGCUCACGCAUCGAUCAAGGUGAAGGAGCUUGCCUCACGCAGUGUGUCUGUGGCGGAGCUCCUUUACUUCUGGGAGAAGGUGCCGGCGGUGAUGCCCCACUUCGAUGCCAACUUUGCCACCACGCACGACGUGGUCCGCCAUGCCAUCAUCCCUCUCUCGAAGGUGCAGGCGCAGCCUUUGGAGUCGUCCUCCUACGCCACGCUCAUCGCCGAGGGCAACUAUCGCCCCCCUGACUUCAUGGUGACCCACAACUGGGGCAACAAGUUCUGCCACUUGAUCGCCGCCAUCCUCUCCGAAGCCAUAGGGGAGAAGACCUACGAGACCACGGCAGAGCAGCUGGCACAAAACCGGAUGUCGAUCCUCCACACGGAGGCAGACAAGCUCCAUCGGCGCUACUGGGUGUGCUGCUUCUGUGUGAACCAGCAUGCCAGCAUCUGCGACACGCCACCUCCGACCGACUCAACCGGGAUGCCGUUCUUUCCUUGCACCUGUGGGGUGCCGAAGCACUGGAGUGGACCUUUUUGCGAGAUGGACAAGUUCGACGAGAUGAUCGGCUACCUCUCCGUAAUCGUCCCGGCUUUCUCCCAGGUGGUCGCGGUGGACAUGAACUUCACAGCCUUCACGCGCAUUUGGUGCAUCGCCGAGCUCGCGGAAGCAAGGAAGAUGGACCUGCAACAGUUCCUCGUUGUGCCUUGGCUCCUUAGGGUUUGGGGGUUUAGGGUUUAG